UUCUUCUACUUCUAGAAAUCUAGGACGGGGGAUUAAGUAACCUUUACACGCUUCUUUGCCUAAUCUUUCUUCAUAUUUAACCCAAUCAACGCUGCAAUACUUUUCACACCUCAAAUUUUAUUUGAAGCAAAAACAAAUCCCAAAUAACACAAGCUUUGUUUUUGUUUUGAUUUCUCUGUUAAUUAGCAAUGAAUACCAGCAGCAAAGAAUCGCAGCCUAAUUACCCCACUAUCUCACCUGAUGAAUAUACCAACCCUUUCCAUCAACAGCCGCACAUGGAACCUGCAGCGGCCACCGCGGCGGCACCCGCAUCAACAUCUUCGUCGCCUCCUCCUCCACCUCCUCCGGAACAGUCUGAGAAAUGGGGGACUCAUAUCAUGGGAACACCAGCUGUUCCCACAUGUCAUCCAGACAACAAGAAAGCAGCCUUGUGGGGUGCUGGUGACCAAGCUCAAUACUACCAUCAUCCAUACCUCCAAUAUUCCCCCGUCGAGAAAUCAAGCAAUAACCCCAUGGAUUCCAUGCUUCAAGUCUUCAACACCUGGAGUCACAAAGCUGAGACCAUGGCCAAUAAUAUCUGGCACAAUCUUAAAACAGGACCAUCUGUAUCCGGAGCUGCAUGGGGGAAGAUGAACGUGACAGCCAAAGCAAUAUCAGGAGGUGGAUUCGAAUCGCUUUAUAAGCAAACAUUCGCAACGUAUUCAAACGAGAAGCUGAAGAAAUCAUUCGCAUGCUAUUUAUCGACUUCGACAGGACCAGUUGCGGGAACACUUUACCUAUCCAAUAUCCAUGUAGCUUUCUGUAGUGAUCGCCCUCUGUCAUUCACAGCACCAUCAGGGCAGGAAACAUGGAGCUAUUACAAGAUAAUGAUACCACUGAGCAAAGUAGGGAUAAUAAACCCAGUGAUAAUGAGGGAGAAUCCAUCAGAGAAAUAUAUACAGAUUGUGACAGUGGAUGGACAUGAUUUCUGGUACAUGGGAUUUGUGAAUUAUGAGAAAGCGACAAAGCAUCUGUCUGAGAGUGUUUCCAGUUUUGUAGCAACUGGGAUUGCUGUUCAACCUUCACCUGUUGCAUCGUAAACACAGGAUUUUAUUAUAUUUUUCUUUUCAUAUUUACAGGCCUUUUCUUUUGUUUGGA